CACCAAAGAAGAAGCCCACCUUCUUCUCUUAUCUGACACGCAUAGAGAGAGAGAGAGAGAGACCCUGAUGAGCGAAGUUGACUGCAUGCUAUUGCUGCGCACCAACAACGACAGCACUCAUCCUAUAGUCUCCCUUUGAUCUUUGUUUGUCCCUUUGUGUGUCUCUCUCAUGGCGAUCGCAGCGGCUUCUUCAUUCCCCCUCGAAGGGGUUUGUUGCUCAACAUCAUAUGGGAUAACAAACAGCUGCGUGGUACCUUCUUUUGAUGGUCGAAGAGUUCCUGAUCCUGCUGGCAUAAGAUGCAAGAAUCCAUUUUUUGGAUCAACACCUUCCCAUUGGCUGUCGGCGGGACAUGGUCUUUGCCUUUCAAAAGUUUCAGUUGCUGCAGACUACCCAGAUUCUGUGUCUGAUUCUUCUAGUUACAUGAGUAACCAAGCUUAUCAUCCUCUUGAAGAAGUGAAAGUUUCCAGAAGAAUCCGGGACACCAAACUUACUUUUGCUGAAAUAGCAAGGACCACAGUCGAGGCUAACAGCUGUGCUUUGCUGGUAUUUCCUGGGACGGUACAUUGUGAACCACAUGAACAAAUUUCAUGGGCCGAAUUUCAAUAUGUUAUCGAUGACUAUGGAGAUAUAUUUUUUGAACUUUGUGAUGAUGCCAACAUCUUAGAAGACCGUGGAGCAAGUAACCCUGUGAAUGUGCUGAUCGGAAUGGACAUCCCAAUAUAUGAGAACAGAAGGAAAGCUGGUGAAUACAACAUUUCUAGCGAUGAAACCCUUUUUGGAGAUGAUUAUUUUGAGGUUUUGGAUUCUGAACUGUCUGAUAUUUCAGUGGGCUGGGAAAUGCCAGAUUCUUCUACCUUGCUUCACCCUAUUUAUUUUGCUAAAUGCUUGACAAAGGCUGCUAAUAUGGAACACAGUAAAAUGAUGGAUUAUCCAUCAAACGGUGUUUCUAUUAUGGGCUGCCUCAGACCUGCUUUUGCCGAUGAAGAAUCAUAUAUAAGAACGCUGUUUCACUGUGUUGAUAGUGAUGGAUAUAACUCAGAGUGGAAAGAUGGAGAAAUCUUGAGCUUGAAUUCCGAAAGUGAUCAAGGCAACAUUGGGUCAACUCUGUACAGGUUGGAGGUUAUGAGAAUAGAGCUAUUCUCUGUGUAUGGUGUCCAGUCUGAAAUUAACUUGCAAGAUUUUCAAGAUGCUGAGCCUGAUGUUCUUGCACAUUCUACCCCAGCAAUUGUAGAGCGGUUUGGUGAGAAGGGUAUUAGUUGCAAUGUUGCUCUCAAGGCUCUCUGCAAAAAGAAGGGCCUUGAUGUUGAGGGAGCUCAUUUGAUUGGGGUCGACAGUUUGGGCAUGGAUGUUAGAGUUUUCUCUGGGGCGGAAGUACAAACACAUCGUUUUCCUUUCAAAGUCCGGGCAACGUCUGAAGUUGCAGCUGAAAAGCAGAUUCAGCAACUCAUGUUCCCACGGUCUCGCCGCAAAAAAUUAAGAUCUCAUGGGGUUGCGGUUCGGGAUGUGGAUUCAUUUUAACUCUUUGGUUGGUACUAUCAUGAGGAUCAGUUUGAGGAUAAUUUCAGGCUCAACUUAUUUAGAAGGGGCAUAUCUCUCUCCUUUCUACCCGUUGCAUGUGCCCUGAAGACUUACAAGUUCUUUUUGUUUCUUGUACUAAUGCUUUUGUAUAUUAAUUAGCUGACGUACAGAAGAACAGUUAAGUUCCCUCUGCCCCCGGGCCCCAACAGAAAAAAGAAUUCCUUCCAUCAAUUCAACGAGUCACUGUACAAGAUUUUUUUUUUAAUUUUUUAAUUUUUUUUUUUUUUUUGACAGUCCCAGUAUAAGCUGAAAGCUGAUGGCACUGUCCCAAUAAAGUUUUUGAAUUUUUCAUAUUAACUCUAGGAGGUUGUGAUAAAGUCCUAGGGAUUCAGUGGCUUGGGUAUUUUGGCCCUAUCUUAUGGGACUUUUUAAAGUUGACUAUGAAGUUUGUUUACAUGGGAAAACAGUAAUUUUGAAGGGUUUAAACCGUACUGGCAGUAUAUUAAUUAAUGAAAGGGAAGUGCAUAAAUUCAAUAGAAUGGGAAAAAAAAGGGGGAGUAUUUUUUGACAAUUCCUUGGUCAGGGGGACUAUUCCUCUUUUAAAGAGGAUAAACAGACAGUGAGCUGCUGAAGGGGUUUGAAGGGGUGUUUGCAGAAGCUAAAGGACUUCCCUCUGGAAGAAGACAUGAUCAUCAGAUUAAUUUGAAAGUGGGAUCACAACCAGUAAGAGUGAGACCUUACAGGUAUCCAUAUUAUCAAAAACAAAGAAAAGAAAAGAUUGUCUGGGAGUUGUUAGAAUAUGUGGUAACUAGGCCAAGUCAAUUCCCAUUUUCUUCUCCCGUGUUUGCUUGUUAGGAAAGCAGAUGGCACGCGGAGGAUUUGCAUUGAUUAUAGGGUUCUAAAUUAGGUGACAAUAAGAGAGGAAUACAUCCUUAAAACGGCCUUUCGUAUGCACAAAGGACCGUUAUGAAUAUCUUGUUAUGCCUUUUGGCUUAACCAAUGCACCAUCUACUAGUGAUGUUUUUUU